UCUUGCCUUCUUUUUCGAAUCUUCGAGUCAUGUUUUUGUGCAUUUCUACCUAUUGCAGGCCGGCGUGUAUUAUUUUAGAAAUACAAACCAGUUUGGAUUUCAUAUUGGAGACUCUCCGGGCACCUUUUCUGAAAGUUCACGAGAUUUAGUCCACAUACAUGUACAGACGUGCUUUUCAACUGGCGUGUCGACAACUGCGUGAAAACAAAUUAAUUAUAUUUCGAUGAGCCGACAGCAAAACUCCUAAUUGCAUUUCUCAGUAGAUGCUUUCCCAUAAAACUGUUUUUUACAACCAAUAACAAAUGGCAAAACAAAACAUAAUGUUCACAAGUCAGUAACAAAAAUAAAAUUACUCCAGGUGCCCCAUUUGGGAGCCCAUUUUACUUUACGUUUUCAGCAAAGGCCAAUUUGCAUACCACAUAGUGCGACCAAUACAAUGUUGUUGAUGGUGUUAAAUUAUCGAUUAUUUCAAUAUUGCCUUGACUUUCCUACGGAGGCAAUUCACUUUGUUGUUACUAAUGGCAAGCUCAGUUAAGGAUUCGGCUUUUUAAUGUACGUCUCUCCACGUGAGUUGGUGAAUUUAGACUACUAAAAACGAGAUUCUCUACUUCGGUAGAUUUUAGAGUACUGGAUUGUUCACAAAACAUCCUGGCAAGUUUGAAUUGCGGUGGUUCCAAGCCGAGCCAACUCAUACUGGGUCUCAUAUUAAUGGCUCUUUGGCGAAUUCCUGUUUUAGGGAGACGAUUAUUUGGCAAGCGACGUUUUGUUUUUGUCGUAGUGGUGGCAAGCUUGCCUUUUAUUGGAUAUUUAUUGUUACUCAGUCCUUCGGAAAAACUGGUGACUGAAGAAUACUCACUCUCAAAGAAUACUGCUACAGAUGGCCCUUGUGAAACAAGACAACAUACUGAGUAUAACACAGAGAAACAAAUCAGAGCGAUGGUCGCAUCGACGGAACAAACGUUAACAGGGAAGCGAAAAAUCGAUAUCCACUCCUCAAUGCCAAAUGGAAGUUUGAACGUACACAUGUGGUCUGAAAUAUGCGGAACUGAAGUUGACAUUUUAAGACACUGGCCUCAUUUUCCUUACUUUCCAGACAAGACUUCUUUUAUUUAUGAAUUUCACAAAUCUCAGCUUCACAAUUCAAAUAAUAACGGAGAAAGAAUUUUUGGAUUUCUCCAUCCGCUGAAAAGCGGCCAGUAUAAGUUUGCCAUCACAUCAGAUGAUGCAUCAGAGUUGUGGCUGAGUCCAAAUGAAGAUCCCGCUUCCGCUAAGAUGAUCGCGCGCGUUUAUUCUCCGGAUGAAUCAGCUUGGACUCAGAAAGGAGACUUCAAUAAAUAUUCUGAUCAAAUAUCUGACCUGAUAACCCUUCAGUCUGGCAAGAAAUAUUACAUCGAGUCUUUGAGUAAGCAAGGUUCUGGAUUGGCCCACGUGGCUGUAUAUUGGUCAUAUAGCCCUUCCAAUACAGAAUUUGAAAUUAUUCCCACGAAAUAUUUGUCAAGUUUUUCUCAAAGUAAGCAUCAUGAAGCCAUUCCCCUUCACGCAGGAAAACAACCCAACAACUCGCCUCAAAGCAAGAGCAAACCAUAUGAUUUUCAUCGUCUUCCAUUCAUUAGCAGAGAAGAGUACAAUGGCCAAAUCCCAACUUGUCCUUACAGUCCCAGCUUUUUGGUGCGAGGAAAGCUUCAAAGGUAUCAGGGCAUUUCGCUGACAAGUGAGUCGCAUGUGUUCCCACAAGAUGACACAAACAUGUUAAAAAGCAUCUCAUGGAAACAUCGAUUGGCAACGCCUAAUCCACAUACGGACAAAAACAUAGUAGAAUCCUUCGUGAUCAAGUUUGUCAACUAUUUCAAGUCUUUGCAGGCCAGUUUAUUAUUCCUAAAACAAAAGACAGACCUUUUCAAAAGUGCCUGGAAACAUCCAUGGUCAAAACCCAAUCCACGGGUUUAUAGGAACACAGUUGAACCCAUCGUGAACAAGUUCAUCGAUGUUUUGCGGUCUAGGAACUACUUCUUGAAGAAAAUUCACAAAGUAAUUCACAAGCCAGACCCGAAGUACGGCGAUCGCUUCUUGUUAAACCUUGAACUCGGCUUGGACAACACCAAUCAAUCAUUUCGACUGUCAGAACACGUGUAUCAGAAAAAGGGAAACGACACCUUGUGCCUUCCUGAGGGUUUCAUAUGGAAUAACAGCGCUACAGUGUAUUUCAUUNCUCCCUAA